GAAUUGUACACUCCAUGGCUGCAUUGGCAAGAACGAGACAAGUCUUUGAAGUCAUGGAACUUUUAACACACGACUACUGAAGACAACACUACAUGCCUAAUAAAUAGUUCUGGGCUACAAAGUUGAGAAGAUAUUCGUAAAACAACUCCGUAUUUUAAUAGCAACAAGACAUUUCCUGCGGCCUAUGUCAUCAACUCAGGAUACAAAAAAAAAAGAAUAAAAAUAAAUAAAAAAAAAACACAGUGACUGUAAUAGUACGUAUGAUAACUGGUUAGUUGUAGCUGGCAUCUUUCAUGUACAACAACAAAAUGGCUAAAAUGCAUGACAGCGAUUUUCUUUCAUCUGAGAACAUUAAUAUAGCACAAAUGAAUAGGCCUACAUCCCAUUUAGAGUCAAGAAAUCCACGUUCUAUUGACUUAAACAAAUUAUCAGAAUGGGCCGCAAAUGAAGACAGUAUGGAUUUGAUCAUUGGGAUGAGCAAUGACAUUGAUGGCCUUAGAAGAAUGCUGGGUAUGGAGUCUUUGAACUUUGAAUGGGUUGUGCUUCUUUUAACUGCCUUGCGGAAAUCUCUAAGUGCAUACGCUCAGAAAGAAACUUUACAUUACAUACUUAAAGUUUUCUGUGAUUCUGCAUUCAUUGAUAGGCAUCUUAAGCCAUUUCUUCAAGAAAUCCUAAUGCUUGAACGUCUUGAUAGAUCUAAAAUAUUGGAACCGUUGAUAGCUUUAAUUGAGUACAUACAAGUUCAUUUUAAUACCACGGAACACUUGCAAAAGUGCUCUCACGUACUCCUUCUGAUUUCAGAAUCUGACCCAAAUAAUAUCUUGAUUGCGAAAGACACGGAUGUUUAUUUUAGAUUUAAAAAACUUAAUGAAGCCAGAAUUGAAGAAAAGAACAUUGCUUUGCAUAAAGUGCGAAAUAAAUCAAGAUUGGACAGGAAAACUUUACCCAUUGCUGAUGAUGACACACCUCCUGACGAUUACAAAACAAUGGAGAUUUUUCCAGGGACACACGAACUCAACAAUCACCAAGAACCCUUCUUACGAGCAAAUAUAAUUAGAGGGAAAUACAGCGAUUUAAAUCAUUAUCUAGAUAUUCAUGCCAGGCUUAUUAAAGAAGACUAUCUAACCCCUAUAAGAAUUGGAUUAAAAGAGUACGCGGAAGCUAUUGCUUCUGACAGAAAAGCCGUAGAAGAUGAUCUAAGAUUCUACUAUAAUGUUCAAUUACAGUUGAAACAUGGUAGUAAUGAAGGCAUCACUCAUUUGGCAAUUUUCGAUAUGACUGGUUUAGAAAAGGUUAAAUGGAAUUAUUCCAAGAGACUUAUGUUUGGUUCAUUGUUAGUAUUUUCCAAAGACAACUUUACAACUACAGCAUUUGCCACUGUGGCCAACAGAGAUUUAUCUAAGCUAGAAAAAGGUAUCAUUGAAGUUGUAUUUCAAAACAAUCUGGAAGUAGUUUUUACUGCAUCAGAAAAUGACAGAUUUAUUAUGGCAGAGACUACUGCCUACUUUGAGUCACAUCGUCAUGUCCUAGAAGGUCUUCAAGAAAUUAAACAAUUGCCUCUUGACAGAUAUAUUAUAAGCUGCAAUAAAGAAGUUCACCCUCCAAAGUACCUUGAAAACAUAGCUACUUACAAUUUAGCUUCCAUAAUGCGAAAGAAAUAUGAAACCUUUCGGGUUCCUAUUCGAGAUAAAUCCAAAUGGCCCCUUGCUGAGGUUACAACUUUAAAUGAUUCACAGUUAGAGGCAUUAAACCUCGCUCUGACUCACGAAAUGACCAUUAUUCAAGGUCCCCCAGGAACGGGUAAAACUUAUAUUGGUCUAAAAAUCAUGAAAAUAUUAUUAGAAAACAAUGUUACCAAAGAUUCGCCAGAAUCAAAUGGUCCAAUUCUAGUUGUUUGCUACACAAAUCAUGCCCUGGACCAGUUUUUAGAAGGUAUUUUAGAGUUUUGCUCAGAAGGUAUUGUCAGAGUUGGUGGAAGAAGUUCAAGCAAACUUUUAGAACAUUACAAUCUAAGAUCUUUAAGAAGCAAUCCAUUUUUAGACAGUAAAAAAGAAAGUAAUAUAAACAUAAACAUUAGAAAAUGCAGAGACCAAUUAAGAAAAAUUUGUAAGCAAGUUCAAAAUAGUUGGCAACUAUCGAUGCAUUUAGAAAAAUCAGUUGUAGACUUGGACCUUCUCAGAGAUGAAAUGGGACAUGCUCACCUGAAACAGUUACUUGAUCCAAUGAGGAUAAGUAGUUCUAUCUCCUCAACCCCCAUGGAGACUUGGCUAAACGCCGCCAAUGCAAACAUUGAGAACUUUGUAUUUGAAGCAGCUCAGCAGCAUUUAGCAGAAAUCAUUGCAGUUGAAAGGAGUAUUGAAGAAAAGGAAGAUAAUGUAGUAGGCACACCAGGAAUUGCUUCAAAACUUGCAAUAAAGGAUCGUGCUCAGGUCUAUCGUUUUUGGUUAAACAAAUACAAGGCUGAAAUUGAAAAAAAUAUGGACUCCUUAGAGCAUCUACUUUUACAAGAUGGUGAAGAAGCCAAUAAAGAUAUACUUCCAGAUGAUGUUUUAGUAAAAUAUAUGUCUAGUGACAAUGUCUACAACGUUAUCAAAGAAUGUGUUCAAAUGGAAAAUAAAACUUGUGAAUGUGAAAAUAAUGUCAUCAAAGCCUGGCUCUUAAACAACUUCACUAAAGCAGACCAACUACUGGAUGCCAUUGAACAGCUAACAGAAAAGGAUAAGAGUCAAGUUGCAAAAGAAGGAGUAGAUGAAGAUAGUGAAGCAAAGAUUUAUGACAGUCUAUACGUGAUCGAUGACAAUGAUUCUUGUCCUUCUGAGACGGAAACUGAUUGUGACAAAACUGAAGGUGAAAAUGGUAUUCUCGACAAUAAGAAUUCGUCUCGAAAUAUCGAAAAGGAAAUUAAUUUAUUACAAAGAGCUGAAAGACUUCACAUCAAUCUAUCAACAAAGUAUGUAAAAGAGAAAGACAGUCAUGAAGUUAGUAGAACAAGCAUUUCCUAUGAACAACUUGUAAUCCGUUUAAAUAAAACUGUUCCUUUUACGGAAGCUGAAGCCCGAAAUAUUAAAGACAUUUGGGAUUUAAAAGCGCAGAGCAGAUAUAGGCUUUACAAGUUUUGGAUUCAGCUGAAAAAGAAAAAAAUAUCAAAAAUAUUAAAAGUCUUGUCAAAAGAAUUUGAGAGUGUAUUUAGACGUAAAAAUGAAGCCAAUAGAUUCAAAGAUAUUGCCAUUUUGAAACGAGCUAGAGUCAUUGGGAUGACCACUACUGGUGCUGCAAAAUACAGAAAAGUUCUUCAAAGUGUUGGCUGUAGAAUUAUAGUUGUAGAAGAAGCUGCAGAAGUUUUAGAAGCCCAUAUUGUUACUACCUUGAAUAAUAACUGCCAACAUCUUAUAUUGAUUGGGGAUCACCAGCAGUUGCGUCCUAGUCCCACAGUUCACAAGUUAGCAGUAGAUUAUAAUUUGGAGAUUUCUUUAUUUGAACGCCUUGUAAACAAUAAUGUGCCUCAUGUAACUCUCAGUGAACAGCACAGAAUGAGGCCAGAAAUUUCUCAGUUUGUGAAACAUAUUUAUCCCAACUUAAAAGAUCAUAAUUCUGUUGCUGUUCUUGAUGGCAUUCGAGGGGUUGCUUCUAAUGUCUUUUUCUUGCAACACUCUUUUGAGGAAAAGAAGGUUGAAGAUAGCACAAGCAAAUCAAAUUUACAUGAAGCUAAAUUUGUAACUGCACUUUGUAAAUACUUUUUACAGCAUGAUUAUCUUGGUAAAAAAAUUACAAUUUUAGCUGCUUACAGUGGACAAGUUACUUGUAUACGAAAUGAGAUGAAGCCAGAGAAAGAUGUAUAUGAUGGAGUUCGAGUAACAACAAUUGAUAAUUAUCAAGGUGAGGAAAAUGAAAUUAUUUUGUUAUCUCUUGUUAGAAGCAACGCUGAAAAUGAAGUUGGAUUUUUGAAAACAGAUAACAGAGUCUGUGUUGCAUUAUCUCGAGCUAAAAAGGGAAUGUUUGUUAUUGGAAAUCUUCCAUUACUGGCAAAUAAAAGCAAAUUCUGGACAAAUAUUUUAUCAAUGGCUAAAAAUGAAAAAGUAACAGGUGUAAAUAUGAGGCUGGUUUGUGUAAACCAUGCUAAUCAUGUGACUUAUGUGUCCAAUAGUGAAGACUUUAAAAAAGAAGUUCCUGAAGGGGGCUGUAAUAGAAAAUGUGAUUAUAAACUUCCAUGUGGUCAUACUUGCAUGAGAAUGUGUCAUGCAUCAGAUAGAUUUCAUGAAGAGACAAAGUGUGAACAGCCUUGUUUAAAAGUAUGCUCAAAUGGACAUCCUUGUCAAAGAAAGUGUUUUGAAGAAUGUGGAGACUGUGAAGUUAUGGUACAGAAGACUAUGCCUCUUUGUGGUCAUGUAGAUAAUGUGCCAUGUUCUAAAAACCUAGAAGAUGUAGAGUGCUCACAGCCUUGUGGUCAGAUAAUGAAUUGUUGCCAUAUUUGUCAUGGAAAAUGUGGUAAAUGCUUCAAUGAUGCAGAGCAUCAACCGUGUACAGAGAAAGUUCUUAAAACCUGGCCAGCCUGUCAGCAUACAGUUAAUGUUGAAUGUAGGACAAAUGAAGUAGAGAAUCCUUGCCCAGAAAAAUGCUCGCAACGUCUAGAAUGUGGACAUCUGUGCAAAGGCACUUGUGGUGGAUGUCUUUCUGGUCGUGUCCACAGACCUUGUUCAGAGAAAUGCAAAACUCCUCUUCCCUGUGGUCAUCCUUGUCAUGGUCCUUGUGGUGGUCAGUGUGUCCCCUGUGGAGCUAGAUGUAUUGUAUUUUGUCGGCAUGGAAAUUGUGAUAAGGAUAAGUGUGGCGAUCCGUGUGAACCAUGCACAGAAAAUUGUGCAAUGUCCUGUCAGCACAGACAAUGUAACCAGCGCUGCAUGGAUGAGUGCAGAACUCCAGCAUGUGGUAAACCUUGUGGCAAGAUCACAAAAUGCAAGCACAAAUGCUAUUCUUUGUGUGGGGAACCUUGUGUGUGUUAUCCUUGUGAGAAAGAUAAAUUUAGUCUAAUAGACUCCAGUGGUAAGAAAAAGCCUCAUUAUGCUGUAGUCCAUGAAAGACGUGAACGAACUCAAAAAUUUGAAGUUCAGCAUGAUACAGUUUUAAUGAAAAUUCCCAGAUGUGGAGAAAUCUUCACAAUAAAUCAAUUAGACAAGUAUGUUGAAAGUUUUGAACCUCUUGAGACUAGUUUUAUUAAAUGUCCUAAUUGUCCAGUACCAGUUAUGGGAAUUGCAAGGUAUGAAAACAUAAAUAAACUGAGGACUGAAAAAAGAGAAACUAAAAAGGCAGCUUUGAUUAAGGCAUCUAGUGUAUCAGCUGAUACCAUCAACAUUCUAUUAGAAAGCAAAGAAUUAGUCAGCGAUUUCUGUAACAUUGAUGAAGGAGAUUUCCUAACAAAAAAAACUGGGGAGAUUGAUGCUAACCAUGCUAAGGCGUUAUAUUUACAAAUGAAAUUUUCUUUUGUACUAAAAAAUAUUUGUAAAAUUUAUCAAGAAUUCCCAAAACUUAAGAAUUGUUCAGAAAUUAAAUUAAAGCUCACUAUUACGUCUAUUAAUAGAUUUGUCUCUAAACAAUUCUUCAGGGAAAUGACUCUUGAAUUACACAGAAUUUUGCUAGUGAUGCAAAUUAUGAUUUUAGAGAAAUACUUGAAUGAUAUAGGGAGAAAAGUGUGUGAGAAAUUAAAACUAAACUGUAAGUCUAUUGUAAAAGAUAGAGAAAAAUUAACUAAUGAGAAAAGGAUUGCUUAUCAAAAUACUGUAGACGAACUUUAUAGGGCAUUAGAAGAGCUCGAACUUUAUAUCCUCACUAAUCAACUCGGGGAGAAAUGUAAAAGUUUAUCCACAAUUCUUGAUCAACCAAUGGAAAUCAUUCCCAGAUAUCAUGAUAUUGGAAAGGAAUAAGAAGAUACAUUUACUGAAUGAAAAGUCUUUCACUGAAUGUCUCUUGUACUACACAAAAUUCAAUUCGUAAAGCAACAGUACGUUAUAAGGUAUUAACUACGAAAUUUGUUGACAGCUAUUAGACUAAAGAA